AUGGAAAAAUUACAAUCUUUAAAAUCUGAAAUAAAGAAAAUAUCAAAUUCUUCACAAUCUGUAAUAUGUGAUUUACAAUUUUUAAAAAAACAUAUUAAACAAGCAAUAUCUUCCGAACAGUACGAUAUUUUAAUUUUUGAAUCGAUUAUUGUAUUGUAUUCAAUGGGUCAAAGAAAAAUAAUUAGAUUAUGUCUGGAAGAUCUAGAAGAAAUUACAAUAACAAAAUUAUUAAAACUUAUGGAAGAUAUUCCACCACUUGGAAUUAGUAAUAUUAGUCAGGAAUCAUCGAAUAGGAAUAUCUGGUUGAAUGAAUGCCUUUGGUAUUUGGCUACAAGAUACAGAAAUACUACUAGCAUUCACGAAAUAUGUAAAGAUUUGAAUAUUGAUAUGCUAGAUGAAAAUGAUGAAAACUCUUUAUUUUUCAAAUUAAAGGGUAUGAUUAAAAUAUCUCAGAAUGUUAUGGAAAAUUCUCUAAAGAAUUUAGAUUCAGUUACUAGUGAGAAUUAA